AUGGGGGACAUGUUAGACCGCACGCCGCCCGAGCUGCUGAGGAGGAUGACGGAGGCCGCGGACCGAUCGUCAUCAGAGGCUGCCGAGAGGACCAAGUCUGGCGAACUGGCCAAGGACGUGUACAAUGAAGUCGGUACGGCUUUGAUCGAAGAGGUGAAACAGUUCAUGCUGGCGGACGUCGGCGCCAUCCAGCUGAACCAGUACAAGGCAUACUGCUAUAG